AUGGGUCAGUCACGACGCCCCGUUGGAGGAGAAAAGAAGAGCCGCUUCGGGCGCUCCAAAGCAGUUGCCGAUGUUGGCGACGGCCGGCAAGCGGGGGGCAACAAGCAGGUCAAGAAGGCUGCAUUUGAGAGCAGCAAGAAAAAGGAGAUUGGUGUAUCAGAUCUUACACUGCUCAGCAAGAUCUCCAAUGAGGCAAUCAAUGACAAUUUGAAGCUCCGGUUCGAGCAUGACGAGAUCUAUACAUACAUUGGCCACGUGUUGGUCUCGGUGAACCCUUUCCGAGACUUGGGUAUCUACACCGAUACUGUCCUCGAUUCAUAUCGCGGUAAGAACCGUCUCGAAGUCCCUCCACAUGUAUUCGGAGUCGCCGAGUCAGCAUACUACAACAUGAAAUCCUACAAGGACAACCAGUGUGUCAUCAUCUCGGGAGAGUCUGGUGCAGGAAAGACGGAGGCCGCCAAGCGGAUCAUGCAAUAUAUUGCCAGUGUUUCUGGUGGUGGCGAUUCCUCUAUUCAACAGACCAAGGACAUGGUAUUGGCGACGAAUCCGUUGCUAGAAUCAUUUGGUAAUGCGAAGACCCUGCGCAACAACAACUCGUCCCGAUUCGGAAAGUACCUCGAAUUGGAGUUUAACUCAAAUGGUGAGCCGGUGGGAGCAAAUAUUACGAACUAUUUGCUUGAGAAGUCUCGAGUCGUGGGCCAAAUCACGAACGAGCGAAACUUCCACAUCUUCUACCAACUCACAAAGGGAGCCCCACAGAAGUACCGCGACAACUUCGGUCUUCAACAACCCCAGUCAUACCUUUAUACGAGCCGAUCGAAGUGUUACGAUGUGCCAGGAAUCGAUGAUGUUGCCGAAUUCAAGGAUACAUUGAAUGCGAUGCAGGUGAUUGGAAUGAGCGAUGUCGAGCAGGACAAUGUGUUCCGCAUGCUGGCGGCUAUUCUCUGGAUUGGUAAUGUCCAAUUCACUGAGGAUGAUUCUGGCAACGCUACCAUUAGCGAUCAGUCAGUUGUCGAUUUCGUCGCCUACCUGUUGGAGGUUGAUGCUGCGCAAGUGAACAAGGCCCUAACAAUUCGUCUGAUGGAGACCGCUCGCGGAGGGCGCAGGGGUUCUGUCUACGAGGUGCCACUGAACAGAGUCCAAGCAUCGGCUGUUCGGGACGCUUUGUCCAAGGGAAUAUAUUUCAACCUGUUCGACUGGAUUGUAGAGCGCGUCAAUCAGUCACUAGCUGCUCGAGGUUCCAUCGCCAACUCGAUCGGUAUUCUGGAUAUUUACGGAUUCGAAAUCUUCGAGAAGAACUCUUUUGAGCAGCUGUGUAUCAACUAUGUCAAUGAGAAGUUACAGCAGAUCUUCAUUCAAUUGACUCUCAAGGCAGAGCAGGAUGAGUAUGCCCGUGAGCAGAUCAAGUGGACUCCGAUCGAGUACUUUGAUAACAAGGUUGUCUGCUCGUUGAUUGAGGAUAAGCGUCCUCCUGGCGUUUUCGCUGCCUUGAACGAUGCUUGCGCCACAGCUCACGCUGAUUCCGGUGCGGCUGAUCAGACUUUCGUUGGUAGACUCAACUUCCUGGGCCAGAACCCGAACUUCGAAAAUCGCCAAGGUCAGUUCAUCAUCAAGCACUACGCUGGUGAUGUCAGCUACGCCGUGGAAGGAAUGACGGAUAAAAACAAGGAUCAGCUAUUGAAAGACUUGUUGAAUCUCGCCCAAUCUAGUAGCAACGAAUUUGUUCAUACGUUGUUCCCCAACCAGGUCAAUCAGGAUGACAAACGUCGCCCACCUACUGCUGGUGACAAGAUCAAGGCAUCCGCGAAUGACCUUGUGGCCACGCUCAUGAAAGCGCAGCCAUCUUACAUUCGUACCAUCAAGCCCAACGACAACAAGGCUCCCAAGGAAUACAAUGUUGGCAACGUUCUGCACCAGAUCAAGUACCUGGGUCUCCAAGAAAACGUUCGCAUUCGUCGUGCCGGCUUUGCGUACCGUCAGACUUUCGACAAGUUCACCGAGCGAUUCUAUUUGCUGUCUCCCAAGACUUCAUAUGCUGGUGAUUACACAUGGACCGGUGACGUGGAAUCUGGCGCGAGGCAGAUCUUGAAGGAUACCCGAAUUCCUGCCGAGGAAUACCAGAUGGGUAUCACCAAGGUCUUUGUCAAGACUCCCGAAACACUUUUCGCACUGGAAGCCAUGCGUGACAAAUACUGGCACAACAUGGCCAUUCGCAUUCAGCGUGCUUGGAGAAACUACCUCCGGUACCGUAUUGAAUGUGCGAUUCGUAUCCAGCGCUUCUGGCGUCGCAUGACCGGUGGACUCGAGUUCAUCAAGGUUCGUGAUCAGGGUCACAAAUUGCUGCAGGGUCGCAAGGAACGUCGGAGAAUGAGUCUUCUCGGCUCUCGUCGCUUCUUGGGUGAUUAUCUCGGCGUAGGAAAUACUGGUGGCCCUGGUGAAAUGAUCCGCAGUGGUGCAGGCAUCAGCGGCUCAGAGGAUAUUGUAUUCUCUUGCCGUGCUGAGGUCUUGGUCUCCAAAUUUGGUCGAUCCAGCAAGCCUUUCCCCCGUAUUCUUGUCUUGACGACUCGACAUGUCUUCAUAGUGGCACAAAAUAUCGUCAACAAUCAACUCGUUAUUUCGUCAGAACGGACUGUUCCCGUUGGAGCCAUCAAGAGUGUCAGCACCUCAACACUCAAGGACGACUGGUUCUCGUUGAUUAUUGGCGCCCAAGAGCCUGAUCCGCUUAUCAACUGCGUCUUCAAGACCGAAUUCUUCACUCACCUGAAUACUGUCCUGCGUGGCUCUUUGAAUUUGAAGGUUGCCGAGAGCAUUGAAUACAAUAAGAAGCCCGGUAAACUGGCAACAGUCAAGGCAGUCAAAGAUCCGGGUGCUGGAAAAGUCGACAGCUACAAGAGCAGCACAAUCCACACCAGUGCUGGUGAGCCUGCUAGCUCCGUCUCGAAGCCUACUCCCCGACCGAAGGCGGUUGCUGCUCGCCCUGUAACAAAGGGCAAGCUACUUCGUCCUGGUGGCCCUGGUGGCGGCCCUUCGAAACUCUCCCAGGCUGCUCGCAGACCUGCCCCAGCCGCUCAACCUCUUCCCCGGUCUACCCCACAACCAGCUGCAGUGCCACAACCAGCAGUGCAAUCGCGUAUAGUGCCUCAGCCCGUGGCUGCUGUUGCCAAUGCUAUACACACCCGGACCGUGUCUAGUAGCUCCGUGAGGGCUCCACCACCGCCUCCCCCUGCAGCACCUCGCCCAGCAUCAAAGACACCCACCGCGAAGGUCAAGUAUGACUUUAAUAGCGACCGGGCUAACGAACUUUCCAUCCGCACGGGUGAAGUUGUAGAAAUUGUGUCUAAAGAAGGAAAUGGAUGGUGGCUUUGCAUGAACACAACGACAUCGACGCAAGGUUGGACUCCUGAAGCAUACCUUGAAGAGGUUGUUGUUGCUCCUACGCCAAAGCCUGCUCCACCUCCACCCCCCGCGGUAGCACGCGCAAGCCCUAGCCCUAUCCCGAAUGGUGCUGGAGUUGCCGCUGCUGCAAAGAGCAAACCCGCCCCUCCUGCUCCCCCCGCCAAGCGACCCAACAUGGCCGGUCGCAAACCCGCCCCACCGCCUGCUCCCCGAGAUAGUGCCGUGAGCAUGAACUCGGGCGACUCAUCAGGCGCCAGCGGCCGUGGCACACCCAACAGCGCAUCUAACGCCAGCCUAGCAGGCGGCUUGGCCGAAGCGCUGCGGGCACGACAGAGCGCAAUGCAGGGCAAGCAAGACGACGACGACGAGUGGUAG